AUGAUUGGCAGAGAUAGAGUGUACAUUUUGAUUGAUACUUUACUGUGUGCUUGCUCUACUAUAGAAUAGAGACUGACUCAUCGGUAGAAGGAUUAAUACAUCGAAACCUGAUUGGAUGGAAUCCUCAAUUUUCUAUUCGAUCUCUAUGAGAGCCUUGAAGUCGGGUUAGGAGUUGGUUAGUAGUACAUUUUAUCUUCGGUUAAUUAGUAUAGAAUAUUUUCGUUUGUAUCCCAUUUAAAAAACGGUGUAUCCCACUUCUCAUUCAUAUAUGAACUUUUAUCAUCAUCACCUUCACAUUCUUCAUACUCUUUUGUUCUUAAUCUUUCUCUCUCCUCUCUCUCUCUUUCUCUCUCUUUCUCUCUCCUCAAUAAACACUUCACUACUUACUCGUUGGGCCUUGUUAAUUCAUUCUUCUCCCUUUGAAGAAACAUUCGAAUUUGUUUUUCUAGAGAAUUUCAUGUUCUUUCUUCAUUGUCCUCUCUCUUUCUCUCUCUUGAAUUGAGAAAAAGAUCGAAUUUUUCAGCCAAAUUCCAAAUGGGUAUGAAGAAUUUCCUCAUAUUUCUCCUCUUCCUUGCAAACCCAUCAAUCUUUCUUCACCAAACCACGAAAUUUGUGGCAGCCGAUCAAACCCUAAUCCAGAAAACAUGCAGAAACACCCUUUACUAUGACCUCUGCAUGUCAUCCUUAAAAUCCGACCCCACCAGCCUCACCGCCGACACCAAGGGUCUCGCUGCCAUUAUGGUCUCCAUCGGUGUCUCCAACGCCACCGCCACCGCCACCUACCUCUCCACCCAGCUCCCAACCUCCGCCGGUGCCGCUGCCAACAACAACAGAACGAAGCUCUUAAGACAAUGCUCCGAAAAGUAUGGAUUUGCAGCGGAAGCCCUUCGAGCCUCUCUGAAGGACUUGGCUGAGGAGACUUACGACUAUGCUUAUAUGCAUGUGUCUGCGGCGGCGGACUAUGCCAAUGUUUGUCAUGAUGGGUUUAAAGGGUUCCCGACGGUGGCUUAUCCGGCGAAGCUUGGCCGGAGGGAAGAAGGGCUGAAGCGUAUUUGCAGAGUGGUUUUGGGGAUUCUGGAUGCUCUUGGUUGGUGAAAUGGUGAUCAUAAUUGAAUUGGGUUUUUGUUUUCGGCUUUUGCUUUUGUUGUUCUUCUUUUUAGAUGGUUUGUUGAUGUGUUUUUUUAAGAGAUUUAAUGACUCUUUUAUCCUUUCAGUUAUUUUACUUCUUCUAGAUUGAGAACUUGUGGAACUUGAAGCUUCGAAUAAUUAACUUUUUAUGUUUUUAUGUUCUUAAUUUAAUAGAAUGCUUUGUAUGUGUGUUUAUUUUU